UUGAAAACUGUCCAGAACGUUGCUCUUGUUUUCAGUCUGGAAUCAGACAAAUUGCAAAUGGACACAAUAAUAAUAAUAGCAUCAGAACCAUUGUCGACUGCAGAAAUUUAAACAUUACACGUUUGCCUGAAAAAAAUGCCAGCUGGAAAACUAGAACUUUUGUUUCAAAAUACAAGUCUAACCCAGUUAACUUCAAGGGACUACUUCAGAAAUACGACAGUACUUGAUGCCUCACAAAACAGAAUAAACGUUAUAAAAUCGACCGUGGCAACUGCAAUGACAAAUUUCACCUCUUUAAAAUUAGAUCAUAAUAAUUUAACAAGUCUUCCUGUCCAAAUCAUGUCAACAAAUAUUAGAACACUAACGCUUGCAAAUAACCCUUUCAUCUGUGACUGUCACAACCGCUGGAUGAAAUCAUGGCUCAACGAAAGUACAACCUCAGUUACAGACUGGAAUAAAAUUGAAUGUACUUAUAACAAAAGCAAAGUAAACCAAAUGGUUUCUCUCUCAGAUUCAUUCUUUGUUUGCCAUUCCGAGUCUACAAUAAGUAUUUCCGAACAUAUUAUUUUUCCAUCAGUUGUAACAGGUUGUAUUUUAUUUGUUUUAUUUUCAAUAUGUCUGUUAAUAUAUUUCCAACGAUUCACAAUCAAAGUGUUACUCUUUAUGCACUUUGGGAUUCGUUCAUUUGAUAAACAAAAACACGAUGAUGCAAAUACAGAAUAUGAUGCUUUUGUGCUUUAUUCACAAAGUGACUCUGCAUUCGUAAGUAUGAAUAUAAUAGAAACUCUGAUAAAGAAAGGUUAUACUGUAUGUAACUUAUAUGAAGACCUUGUGAUUGGUUUCACAUUUCUCGAUAACAUUGAACACAUGGUCAAAAAGUCAAGAAAAAUUAUAUUCUUAGUUACAGAGGAUACACUAACUAAUAAUAUGCUGAUGUCUGCAUGGAAUAUAGCUUAUGAAAAAGCAAUUGACAAUUUCACAGACGCUAUAAUUUUAGUACUUGAUAAUGAAAUUAAGAGUAAAUGUGAGGACGAUAAACUGAGAAAAUAUAUAAGGAGUGGUAAAUUUAUCAAAAUGAAAUCAAACCUUCUACAAUCAAGUAUUUUGUAUCUUAUGCCAAAGCACGUGCACAAUGUAAAUAACAGUAAUUUGAAUAUUGUGGACGCUGAUGACCCUGCCAUACCAAUGAUAAUGAAAAGAAAUAAUUUUGGCUAUGAUAUAAAUAACAGUUUAGUGUACAUAUCACACCCUGAAGAACAUGAUGAAGAAAUCAGAAACACCCUAUUUCCUGAGUUAGAAGUGAAGAAUUAUGAUGUUAGAAUCUUUGAAAACGCGUUUAUUCCUGGUGCAGAUAUUCGAGAAGAAAUCACCGAAACGCUUGAAGAUUCCGAACGUUUCAUAUUUAUUCUUUCACAGGAAACACUUGAAGACGAACUUAAAAUGUUCAUUCUCUCCACUGUUAUAUCGAAAUCUGUCUUGAGUAAUAACAACUUUCUAUUGUUAUUCACUUCUGGCUUUAUAGAUUAUUCGUUCUUGCCUAAAGAGAUAGAAAAUUAUUUAAACAAAUAUGUUACAGGAAUAAUCGCAUGUCCCGAGUUCAAAGGACGUUUGUUAAAAGCUCUAGGGUACAGAUUUUAAUCAUAUACUCUGUAGGAUCAUCCAAACGCUUACAAUUAUAAUGAAUGACAUUUUGAAAACAAAGACAGACGUCAUGAAAAGAUCAGAAUUUUAAACAUAUAUUCUAGUAUGCAUAUGCGAGGCUCUGUGGCUGUGUUUUUUGGUGCCCUGUGCUUCCGAGAAAACUACCCUUACCUAUUAUCUUAUGAAAGUUUUAUUCAAGCCAUCGAAUCUGUAUAUAUUAUCUUUUUUAUUUCAUACGACUUGUUUGGACUACAAUAAGAUUCAUUUCGUAAUUUCCGGGUCUCUCCCUCUUUAUUUGGUCUUUUUGCUUUUGUUCUAAAUGUUUAUUGGGGCUUCAGAAGACAAUAGAAAACCCAAUAUACAUUUAUAUAUGUAUAUAUAAGUAUGUUUAAACUAAAGCUUAAUUAAUUAAUGACGUUACAAUAUUUACGUUGUAUACAAAUGUGUACGCAUCAUAUGACGUUGCAUGACAAUUACGCCUUUUAUGACGUCAUAUUUUAUUAUUUUCCCUGAUGUAUGAAUUAACAAAACAGGUUGGCAAAUAUUAACUAACUCAUGUAUGUUAUUAUUUAUAUCAUGUUGACGGUCUACACUGACGGUCUGCUUCUCUUAACACUUAAAUUUUGCUUUCAUGCUAUCUAAAAUAUCCAGAAUGUUUAUAACAAAUCCAUUAACAUUGUCAACAAUGACUGAAAUUUACAACGGUAUAUACCCACUCAAACUUAUAUUGACAGUAUUUUGAAAAGACAUAAUAUUAACAGGCUACUAUACCCUCUUUAAAUCGAUACUCUACAUUAAUGAUAUUGUCUAACAUUUGUUAUGAAUUAGCUACAAUCUUAGUCAAAAUCCUUUUCUCGUGUGCAUUGUCUCAACUUGUAGUGUUGGAAAGUCAUUUACAUUCAACUUGACGUCAUAUAUGAACUGAAUAGACUAACUUUAUCUUCUUUUCUCAGCAACUGUAAAAUUUUAGCCUUUUAAUUUAGUUUACUGUUGGAAAAGAUUCUAAUAUGCUUACCUGUGUAAAGACAGGAUUAUCCCAAGCAAUGCUUUUUUAUCCAUGCUUUACUGGAGAUUGUUCACAAAUUUGUAAGGUCGCAUUGGCAAGGAGCAAAGUUUGGGGUGGCAAUAGCAAAUGUGGGGGCACGGACAGCGCAAAACCUAUCAAGAUAUUCCCUAAAAAUUUACCGAAACCAAAAACAAACAGGAAAAAUACGUUCUUUUCCCUUAUUGACUAUAGACAUCAAAUAAAAUUCUUAUCAGUUUAUCAGUACAUGUAAUUGCUGUCUCAAAUUGGCAUGUUUCCUUCAACAACUGAUAUUCCUAAAAAUGGGAACAAAAAUCGAGUUUUGGAGGCCCAGCCCCCACAUGCUCCAACGCCUAUGGAUCGUUUUUGUUGCAAAGAUCGAGAUGACAAAUAGAUUUGGUUAUUUCCUGACAUUAUGUAUAUAGUUUAUGUAAUGGUGUUAUAAUACUGCUAAUAAUAUGUGACGUCUGUCACAUAAGUAUUUGAAAGCAGCUGUCAUAAUAUUAAAAUUUGUCUUUUAACAAAAUUUAGAUGCUUGUACCGUUAAAACAUUUUUAUUCAGUGCCACUGUUAGAGCAUAUACCCUUUACAUUUAUUGUUGAUGUUUGAUAUCAUUUACAGCUUCGUUUUGCACCAUUUUAAAUGUAUAAAUUUUACAUGAGUAUUCAUUUUACGCUAUCCAAGACAACGCUUUGCCUAACACACCUUUCUAGAUGCUCUUAUUAUAAAUAAUGCUUAAGGUAUAUUUAGAUCUGUAUUGUUACAUCGUUAUUUAAUGAUAUCGUAUUCAUUUUCAUGAAUGGAUUAUGUGGUUUAUGCUAUCCAAGAUAACGUGGAGGUUUGAAUUUUAUGUUGUAGAUGGAUUCUUUUAGACAUUAUAUAUCAUAAAGCAUGAUUAGGGUUUAUUUAUAUUUAUAUUGUUACAUCAUUAGGUAAAGAUGUUUAUAUCGCUCACAGCUUCAUUUUGCACUAUUGCAUAAAAAAUGUUCAUAUUACGCUAUCCAAGAAGUUUGAGUAUAACAUCAUUCUACAUGCCAUCAAUUUGAAAUUUGUUUGUAUAUAGACAUUUAUGUUGUUUACAGCUAUAGAUGAAAGAAAAAACUAAAAAAAAAAAUUCUCACCAUCAAAGAUGUCUUUAAACGUUCAGAUUUUAGGCCUACAUUGUGGAAAUUAUUUUCUUAUUCCUGAUUGUGCUUAAGUAUAAUAUAUUAUCUUCUAACUUUAUGCGCAUAAUACAUUUUAUUUAUAUCAAAGAAACUGUCCUUAAAGAAAUAUAUCUACAGUAUUUGCCAAUUUUUAUCAGAUUGCUUAUUGUGUAGAGAGAUAAGUUGACUAGAUUCUGCGCCUUGCAUGAACAUAAUAAUUGUGUAUUGGUUUAAAUGUCUAAUGUUAUAACAUGUAGAGCGUCUUUUACAUACUUUAGAUAAACAGUAUUCUGUUAUAUAAAUUAGUGUUUUGUUUCCGAACUGAUUAAAUGCAUGUUAGAUAAAUAUUUAUUUGGAGAGUAUUCAUCAUGUUAUACUGUAUAUCCGGUACAAGAUGGUACAUUCGAGACUAGACAACCAAUCAGACACUGUAUAUAUUAUAAUAAAAUUAUUCUAUUGUGGUAUUGUUUACUAAAUCAUGCAGGUCAUUAUGUACAAGUAUGAGAUCAUUUCAACCAAUCCGCCAAUGUAUAUAUUUCAAUUCUG